AUGGUGUAUUUUCAGGUGAUAAAUAUGAAGGUCAGAGUGAAGCCAAAGCAUGAGGCUGGAGCAGCCGUCAAUUACAUAUCACGGCGUGAAGCAUUGAAGAAAUUACAGUUGUCUUUAAAGGAUUUUAGACGCCUCUGCAUCUUAAAGGGUAUAUAUCCUCAUGAGCCUGCCCAUAAAAAGAAGGUGAAUAAAGGAUCAACAGAAAAUCGAGUCUGGUAUUAUAGGAAAGAUAUCAAUUUCCUCGCUCACGAACCAAUCAUUAACAAAUUCAGAGAUCACAAAGUAUUCUUGAGAAGAUUGAAUCAUUACAAGGCAAAGAAGAAUGACUCGAAAGUAAAGAAGUUGUACGCAAAUAAACCAGAGUACACCUUAGAUCGAGUUGUUAAAGAAAGGUAUCCUACCUUUGGUUCUGCUAUUCGUGAUCUUGACGAUGCUUUGUGUCUGUGCUUUGUUUUUGCCACGUUGCCUCACACACGAAUUCUCAAGGAAGGUCUUAUUGACAACUGUCGCCGACUUACUGCAGAAUUUAUGCACUAUAUAAUAGAAGCACAUUGUUUGAGGAACACAUUCAUCUCAAUAAAAGGAAUUUAUUACCAAGCCGAAAUAUGUGGUGAGAAAGUCACUUGGAUCGUACCCCAUGACCGUGGGCUUCCACAUGUCACUGAUGUAGACUUUACUGUUAUGGUUACAUUUGCUGAGUUCUAUGUGGCUAUGUUGGGCUUUGUCAACUUCCGUUUGUACCAAAUGAUAGGGUUGUAUUACCCCCCUCAGAUUCAAACCGGCCAAAAUUCUUUUGGUGCAGAAGAUUCUGAAGAAGAGUUGAUAGAGAAAAUAUAUAGCUUAGCAAAGCCUCUGGCAAAAAGAGCAACCGCUGAUAAUGGCAACGAUGAAGAGGAAAAUUUUGAAAUGUUUGACGAUGAUAACAAUGUUCUCGCAGCAAAAGUGAAAGAGGCGAAAUUGAUAAAGAAUCUUUUCAAAGGGCUCGUUUUCUUCCUUAAUCGUGAAACACCCAAAGAGGCAUUGACUUUGAUUAUUAGAAACUGUGGAGGAGUAGUAGGGUGGGAUGGCGGUCCCAACUCGUUAGAAGAAACAAGUAAAACCAUAACUCAUCAAAUAGUUGAUAGGCCAAUGUCGAAGUUUGAUGUUAAUAGGAGAUACGUACAACCUCAAUGGAUCUUUGACUGUUUAAAUGCGCGGCGUAAACUCCCAUGUGAAAAAUACAUGCCUGGCGUACAACUUCCUCCUCACUUCUCGCCUUUUGCCAGGGAAAAGACUGGAGAUUACAUACCAAUAGAACGACUGGAGGAGCUGAGGAGUCUUGGUCAAGAUGUUUCUGCUCUUGAUACAAGUGAGCAAGCACAGCCCUCUACUUCCAAGCCUAAAAAGCAAAAGAAAAUAGAAACAGAAGAGCCCAAGGGUAUGCGCGUUGCUCUCGGAAAGAUGCACAAGAAGAACAAACAACUCGAAAUAAAUGAACAGCAUGCGCAAGCGAAGAUGCGAGAAAUGAUGAUCACGAAGAGACACAAGCGAGUCUACCAUAGUAUACGGCAAAAAAUGAAGAAAAACAAGAGUGAAGCGGCGAAAUUAAGACAGAAACGAGCAGAAAUUCAGGGCACGACGUAA